AAGAAGCGUGAGUUCUGCGUUUCACCGGGAAAACUGUGUUUGUUAGUAAUAAUGGCCUCAGAUGACAUAUCACAGCUGGCUGAUGCUCUCGCCAAGACCCACGUCGGUGAUGGAGAGUUGAGCUACAAAGGCCUGGGACUGAAGCUGGACGACGCCGAGUCAGUGGAGGAGCUGGUCCGUGAGAUCCAGCAGUACCAGGGUCUGAGAGCUCUCCGCCUGGAGGGGAACACGUUCGGUGUGGAGGCAGCCCGAGCCAUCGCCAAGGCGCUGGAGAGCAAAGACCAGCUCCAGAGAUGUUACUGGAGCGACAUGUUCACCGCAAGGCUGCGUUCAGAAAUCCCAACAGCUCUGAGGUCACUAGGCAGUGCAUUGAUGAGCGCAGGGGCCCGGCUGACUGAGUUGGACCUGAGUGACAACGCUUUUGGGCCGGAUGGCGUGAAGGGAAUCGAGCAGCUGCUGAAGAGCCCUUCCUGCCACACGCUGAGGGAGCUGAGGCUCAACAACUGCGGCAUGGGCAUCGGAGGAGGAAAGAUCUUGGCUGAAGCGCUGAUCGACUGCCACAGACAGUCACUUGCCCACGGAGCUCAGUUUAAACUGAGAGUGUUCAUCGCUGGCAGGAAUCGCCUGGAGAAUGAAGGAGCCCGUGCCCUGGCCAAGGCCUUUCAGCUGAUGGGCAGCCUGGAGGAAGUCCACAUGCCCCAGAAUGGCAUCAACCAUAAAGGUGUGAUGGCGUUGGCUUCAGCCAUGCGACACAACCCAGAGCUCCGUGUCCUCAACUUCAAUGACAACACCUUCACCAAGAGGGGAACACUAGCCAUGGUCCAGGCUCUGAGGUAUCUGAGACACGUCGAGGUGAUCAACUUCGGUGACUGUCUGGUUCGCUCUGAAGGAGCAAUCGCCCUCGCUGCAGUCUUGAGAGAGGGACUGCCGAUCCUCAGGGAGAUGAACUUGUCAUUUGGUGAGAUCACAGAGGCGGCGGCGCUGGUGGUGGCUCAGGCUGUCAUGGACAAAACGCACAUGGAGAAAGUGGAUCUGAACGGUAACUGUCUGGGAGAGGAAGGCUGUGAGGCUUUGAGAGAGAUUAUGGAGAACAUGGACAAAGGAGACAUGCUGGCAUCACUCAGCGACGAUGAGGGUGAUACUGAUGAGGAAGAUGAUGAGGACGACGACGAUGAUGAUGAGGAGGAGGAGGAUGAGGAUGAUGAGGAAGAGAGUGACGACAGUAAUGAAGACAAUGAGGACGAUGAGGAAAUUGUCAAGGAAAAUGGAGUGUCAAGAGCAGACAACAGUCCUCCAAAACUUCCCAGCCCAGCAGAGCUCACGUCUUUCCUCAGCUGCCCCACUGUUGAGGAGCUUCUUCGGCUUGGAGAGACGAGGACAAACCUGAUGCAACAGAUUGAUGUAUCUGACCCACAUGAGGCUGCCGAUGUCCUUCUGAAAAUUGCUUCUUUGUACGGCGAGGAACCAGAGACCAAGACAGCGGUUCUAGAAACUAUCGAUGAUGUGUUGAAAAAGCUCUUCUGUGGUUCAACCAUCCAGUCCUACAGCUUCCUCUCCACACUGCUGGUCAUGAUGGGACUCCUUAAGGGAGAGGGGAAGAAUAAAAAGGUGUCGCUGGUCCCAGGCCAACUGUUGUGUUUGAAGCAUGCGGUCCAGCAGCACUACUUCUCUCACCAUCAUGCCCUGCUGCUUAACAACUUCAUGUCCAAGAAUAGCGAUGCUCUCAAGUCCUGCAGUGCUGCCAGAGAGAAGCUGUGCUCUGCUCUGGAGAAGAGGUGCCACGACCAACACUGAUCCCAGCCAUCCAUCGUUUCCACUUUUAACACACAAACACACACACACACACACAGAAAACAAACAAACACAGGGAUGCUUUUCACUUGAACAAGGGACUCUCACAACCACUGAUCUUCCUUGUAUAUUUUAUGAAGUCUUGACAAACACUGUCCAAAAUCUAUUUCUUUUUAUUUUUCUACUUAUGUUUGCGACUUAUAUUUUUCUAGAAAAUGUAGAUACAAAUAAUAAAAAAUACAGACAACACAUCAGUUAACCAUGGGGUUUGAUGUGUAAAAAAGUGAUCUUAACCUUGAGUGGCGCCAACAUUAGACUAAUUCAGUCCAGCACUUUUUGCAACAUAUUGUUUUGUAUUAAGUUGCAUAUAGUUUCAAAAUUGACAAUAAAUCAACAACAUAACAAAGCGUCCAAUUAAGCUUUUGAAAUGUCUGGAUUAACAGUUAAAUAUGGAAACCACAAUAAAAUUUGGUAUUGGGUUUGUACAGAUUUGCUUUUAAACCUGCACCUCACAUGCUCUGAUAUUUCUUACACUGAAAAUGUUGUGCUGAGACACAAAUGUUAAGGACAAGACAAAUACAAUCUGUAAUCUGAACAAAUUAUUCGGCAAUAAUCAGCUGACUUAGUGAGGCGCUGCUUUUCAGACUACUUUGUUCGUCAUUUUUUUUACUUAUUUGAAACAUUCCAUCGUGAAGUGAAAAUAGAACUUUUCGGACGCUCUGUCCAAUCACAACCGCCACUCUGCUGCUCACAAGGUCCAGUCCAGUCCGAGCACUGUGAUGUGUGCAUCAGACUGUAAUGAGGAAUGGGCAGCACCACAUACUCGCCCGUGAACCUGAACACACAUUGUGUGUGUGUGCGUGUGCAUCGCCUGCACUGAGCACAGUCGUAACACUGUAGAGCUCAGGAGACCAGUUUUUAAUUAUUGUAAAAAACGUGCUCUUAUGUAACUUUGCUGCACACACUGAGUUGUCUUACCUCAUAUAGCUGUUUAUGCCUUAGUGAUGUUAUGGGAGCAUUUAAGGGAAGUAGGAGGCGAAUGAUAUACACUUUAAUGGCAUUUAGAUAAUCGUCUGAAUAACAUUGGACUGUGUGUGGGUUUAUAUUCUGUUGACCUGCUAUGAUGUUACAUUAAAUGCUUUGUCUUAAAUCUAA